AAGCGCGUCUCGAGGUCGCGAGUCGCAUGUACAUUGUCCAAAGCAAUUUUACCUGGCCACUCGUGAGUUUCAAGCAUUUUUACGCUGAUCUACUACCCGUAUAUCGAUAGACCAAUCGUGCUAUCUGCUUUUCCCCUCGGUGCUUAGGAUCGAUGACUCGGAGGCUCAGUCCAGAGGUGAUAUCGGAUAGUGAGGAAGAGAGACUAAGAAGGUGUCAAUCUGUCUCACUUGAAGUCAUUGAAAUAUCCUCGGACGACGAUGACAACUCACUCACAACAGAUGGUGCUCGACAGGCUCAGAAUACUCAUGCUAUCACAGGCUCAUUUCGUGAACCUGAAAUCAUCGAGUUGACAGACAGCGAUACCUAUGAUACGUCCUCCGACUUUCCGGACAAAUUAACUGAUCUUGUCAAGAGCCCUACCAAAGUACUGCCGGGUAUCAUGAGGGAACCUGUGGCUCAGCGCCCGAAAGACUUUUUGUCACUUUAUGCUGAUGACAGCGACGCAGACGAUGGUUCCAUUCUCGUUCUGAACGAGCCUCGAAGUACACGCAAACCCAUUCGCCGUGCUCGGAUAUCCACUGUCAAAGAAACCAUUCCCUCCUUCCCAAUUACUCGCUAUGACGAUGGGUCAUCUCACUCGCAUUCCUCUGGAGAGAAUACGAGGCAGGCUGACAUUCCUCGGGCAGUCUUGGGCAGCAUAACGCCACGGACAAAUAAACCGCCCCCCAGGAUCUCUUCGCGGGGGAAAGCGGAGGAGUCCGCACGUCGCGAGAAAUAUGCUGAACAGCUCUUUGGAGAGCUUAAUGGUACAAUAUUCAAUGAUGGUCUUCCCCGGGAGACGAAGUUGCAUUGGAACAAGCGCCUCUUAACCACCGCGGGAAGGGCCAGGUGGCACAGGUCUAGAGAUGGUGUUCAGAAGACAGAGAUCGAGCUGGCCGCCAAGAUUUUGGAUUGUGAUGAACGGAUACGAAAUACUUUGUCGCAUGAAAUGUGCCAUCUAGCGUGCUGGAUCAUCAAUGGCGACCCGAAAGAAGGUCAUGGCCCAGCCUUCAAAGCUUGGGCCCACAAAGUGAUGACCAAGCGACCAGAAAUCGAAAUCACGACAAAACACAACUAUGAAAUUUCAUACCCAUUUGAAUGGAAAUGCGAAAAGUGUUCAAAAGUAUAUGGGCGAUAUAGCAAAUCUAUCAGACCAGAUGAAUGCGUGUGUGGUGUUUGUAAGGUUGGAAAGCUUGUCCCCCUCUUCGUGCAAAGAGCACCCAGGACUCCAAAGAUCAGCAGGAUGGCAACUGCUCUGCCUCAAGGUUCCCCUCGUCCUGUCGCGGCUCUCGAAGAAACAAGGCAGGUCCCGGCCAACACUACGAUGUAUAUCAUAUCAUCAGACGAUGAGGUGAAUAUAUUGGUCGGCGCCAUCAACAAAGUAACUCUCCACGAUGACGAGACCCUACCACGAGAAUGUAGUCCAUCAUUUAGCCCAUGAUUAUCUACCCGUUCCUUUGAUUCGUCGGACCAGAUGAAUACUUUAGGUUACAAUAAGGAUACACUACGAUAGGUUUUACCACAACAAUGUCUCGGAAUGUACCCAUCUACAAAUAUCAAAGAUUUACUCGUCCGAUCUUUAUAGGUAGCCGUGUGCCAAAUUCAUAUUGAUCAAACACAUACGGCCGUGUCAGAAUCGCGUUGAACUUUUGUAUAUCCGCA